AUCGAUAACCAUCGAUUGAUCUGUGCUGUUUACGAAGAAGUAAAACAUGCAAAUGGCAAGGAAGGGACAGAGACCAAAACAAUUACGAAGAUAGCCGCAAAGCGAAACGUGGAAAAUUUAUGAAAAACUGUGAAAAUUGUGUGGUGGCGCGUUGAAAAUGGUGCUAAGAUCGGGAAUUAUAAUUCCUUUUCAAUUUCGCGAUACUAAGAAGCUGCUGAUGAUUGGCGUGCCCGAAGAGAAUCGGAAUCUGAACAUAUGGGACUUGAAGAAUGUUGUUCGCGCCGCAUUUGGGAUCUAUAAUUUUGAGUUUCGCAACAAAAAGAUUGGCUUCAACAUACCCGAUGAGCUGCUGCUGCAUUAUUUGGCUCAACGUCACGACCUCACAAAUUUCGUUAUAGAAAUCAGUCAAGCCCUAGACGAUGGCCAUGCCAAGGAGCUGCUCUCCUACGAGCCAUCCUGCUCGAUGGCUGCCCUCAAGCAGCAGCAACAGCAGCAACAGCAACAACAGCAGCAACAGCAGCAGCAGCUGCAACAUCAACACAAUCAUCCACAUCCGCAUCAGCAUCAACACCAUGUACCACUGCCGCAGCGUUCGAAUGAGAGUGCAAGCCAUGCCCACGACUAUGUGGCUGGUGCGUCAGCGUUAUCCGGCUCACAGCCUAAUUCACCGGCUCUGGGAGUUUGCAAUGAGCCAGGCGAUUCGCCGCUGGAUCAUGCCAACAACUCCAAUUCGGAUCAUGCGGACGCAGCGCAAAAGCUGCGACUCACUCAAACCUAUGCGGAGCGAACGCCCGAAUCGCUAACACAGUCCAUAGAUCCCAUGGACAUAAUACCCAAAGCAGAGUCUGAAUCCGAAGCGGAGCGGGCGGCGCGUGCGGCACGCUAUCAAGCUCGCGCCCAGCAGCAACAGCAACAAGAGCAGCAGAACCAACAGCAACAACAACAACAACAGGCACUGCAGCAUGCGCUGCCCACCCAGCAAUUCUUCGCAAAUUACACGCACAGUCUGCCGACGAUGACAGCUCCAAAUACGUCACAACAGUCCCCUUAUACGCCCGGACUAAUGAGUCGAUUUAGAAAACGCGGCGAGCGCAUGUCCAAGGACCAAAAGGAGUUGUAUGUCAAGUUUUUCGAGGACAAUCCCUGCAUGCUGUCGAAUCAUCGCCGCCACGAUGGACUCACCGAGCCGCUGUGGGCUAAGCUGGCGCAUAUGCUAAAUAGUGUGCCGCAGGGCGCUGUCAAGAAUGUUGAGGAUUGGAAGCAGACGUUCGAUGCGUGGCGCUAUCGCAUAUUCAUGUAUACGCGCUACAACUCCAAGCUGAGCAUGUCGGAGACGAGCGAUCCCAAGAACUUUAAGCCACUGACGGCCACCGAUCAGAAGGCCUACGCUAUGUGGACCAGUCACAAACACAUUGCGCCGCCGGACUACGAUAAAAUGGAUAUGUUUGUGCCGCUGGAUGAGAGCACAACGGCAACCAAUAGCUACGACUACUGAGCAUCGAAACGGCAAUUCGGAACCAGUGCAAAAUGUUAAUGAUAAUCAAAACGAUGUUGAUGAUGAUGAUGAUGAUGAUGUGUACUUUAACUAAUGCUAAGCGCUAAAUACAUUAUGUUUAAGCAAACAGAAAUCGAA